UGUUAGUCUUUCGCACUUAAAAAAAAGUUUGGAGACCAACAUGUUUUCUUGUUUUAAAAGACCUUGAAGAAAUGUUUUUGACAAAUACUUGUAUUGCUUUAUGGUUUUCCUUCUCUUCUGCUUACGAAAACUUGGCACUUAAUAAACCAGCUCAUGAAGAGUACCCAUACUAUAAUGUUAAUACUGAUGCCAGCAAUGCUGUUGAUGGACUAAAAACUGAUCUGCGAGGUAUUGGAGGACAAUGUUCAAUAUCAGCCACAAAUCAACGUACCUCCACCUGGUGGGUAAAUCUGACCAGUACCCGCAGUAUCCACGACAUCAGGAUCUAUUACAGGACAGACAAUGUAUAUUGGGAUGCAACAAACGGAUUUACGUCGAGGUUUCUAAGAUUUUCUAUACACGUCUCAAACACAACAAACAAGUCGGAGGGAAAGCUUUGCUACAAAGACAACUACUUCACUCCAAGCACGAUACCAGCUGUCUUUAACACCACCUGCUUUGUACAUGGUCAAUACGUCAUUUACUACAACGAGAGACUACCAGGAGUUACCUAUCCUAGUGGUUAUUCUGUUUACGCCUUUAACGACCUCUGUGAAGUAGAAGUAUAUGGAUGUCCUACACCUGGCUUUUAUGGUAUUAAUUGCACCAUUCCCUGUCCUGACGUCAACUGUGGAUUCUGUCACAUCGAGACGGGCACCUGUCAGGGGGGAUGUAAACCUGGAUACAAAGGACACCAGUGUGAAUUGGAAUGUGACAAUAGAAAAUACGGAGAUGGGUGCCAAAAGAAUUGUGGGAAUUGUUUAAAUAGAGCGCAAUGUGACCACGUAAUUGGAACUUGCUUACAGGGGUGCGAGGCAGGGUACAAAGGUCAAAUGUGUGAUCAAGAAUGUCAAAAUAGAUCAUAUGGUUACCGAUGCAAGAGGAAAUGCGGACAUUGUUUAUACAGCUCCCAAUGUGACCACGUUGUUGGAACAUGUUUACAGGGAUGUGAAGAGGGUUAUGGAGGACGCACAUGUAACCUAGUUAACUUGGCUCUACGCAAACCAGCAUAUCAGGAGAACAUAUACAGACAUGCUAACGUUACUGCCAGCAAUGCUGUGGAUGGACGCAAAUCAAACUUGAACGGUUUAGGAGGAGAGUGUUCAAUGUCAGCUGAGAAACAACCCACCACUUCCUGGUGGGUUAAUCUAGAGAGCAUCUAUAGCAUCCAUAACAUUCGUAUCUAUUACAGGACCGAGAAUUUAGCCUGGGGUCCAUCAAACGGGCAUACAGCGAGAUCUCUGGGAUUCUCUAUAUACGUCUCAAACACAACAGACAAGUCAGAUAGAAAACUUUGCUUUAAAGACAAUAGCUUUAAUAGAAGCACGAUACCAGCUGUCUUUAACACCACCUGCUUUGUACAUGGUCAGUACGUCAUUUACUCCAACGAGAGACUACCAGGAGUUACCUAUCCUAGUGAUUAUUCUUACUACGCCUAUAACGAACUCUGUGAAGUAGAAGUCUAUGGUUGUCCCCGACCCGGAUACUAUGGUAUUGACUGUAACCUCCCCUGUCCUGACAAAUGUCGAUACUGUCACAUCGAGACGGGCACCUGUCAGGGAUGUAAACCUGGAUACAAUGGACACCAGUGCGAAUUGGAAUGUGACAAAGGAUGGUACGGAGAAGGAUGCCAAAGACAAUGCGGACAUUGUAUAAAUACGACGCAAUGUGACCACGUGAAUGGGACUUGCUCACAGGGGUGUGAAUUUGGGUAUAAAAGUGAAACGUGUGCUCAAGAGUGCCAGGAUGAAUACUUUGGUGAAAACUGUGCUCGGGAAUGUUCUGCUAACUGUUACAGCUGUAAUAAAAGAUCUGGGCUUUGUGAUUUUGGAUGUCAUCCGGGAUGGAAAGGGACACAUUGUACAGAAAAAUGUGAUGGUGGGCUUUUUGGAGCGAACUGUAGCACACCUUGUGGACACUGUCUUAAUCACCAACAAUGUCAUCAUCUAUACGGAACAUGUGCAAAGGGAUGUGACCUAGGGUAUAUGGGAGACAACUGCACGGAAGAGUGCUCAAAGAACACAUUCGGUCGUAACUGUCAGAACAAAUGCAACAGGACGUGCAUAACCUGUGACAUAGUUACUGGAAUCUGUGACAGUGGAUGUCAUCCCGGUUGGAAAGGAGACUAUUGUGAAAACGCAUGCGAUGGCAAUUUCUACGGAGCCAAUUGCAGUCUACAAUGUGGAAAGUGUAUGAACAAUACACAGUGUCACCACGCAUUCGGAAAUUGCAUGGGUGGAUGUGCCAGUGGGUUCAACGGCAGCAAGUGCGAUACAGAAUGCCCUGAUGGUUAUUUUGGUCCAAACUGUCGUGAAUCAUGCAACGAAACGUGCAAAAGUUGUGAUAAGACCUCGGGUGUCUGUAAAUACGGCUGUAAACCAGGAUGGAAGGGCGACUUUUGUGAAACAAUUUGUGAUAACCAUUUUUAUGGAGAAAAUUGCAGUAUGCCGUGCGGGAAGUGUUUAAAAAAUGAGCAGUGUCAUCACUUGAAUGGAACGUGUUUUAAUGGGUGCAUGAGUGGCUUUAUGGGCUCAAAAUGCAUAGAAGAGUGCCAGGAUGGAUAUUUUGGAGAAAACUGUAUUCGAGUGUGUCCUAUUCAGUGCAACAGCUGUAACAAAUCUUCUGGAAUUUGUGAUCAGGGAUGUCACCCGGGAUGGAAGGGGACAUAUUGUACAGAAGAAUGUGAUGGUGGGCUUUACGGAGUGAACUGUGGCAUGCCAUGUGGACACUGUCUUAAUAACCAACAAUGUCAUCAUCUAAACGGAACAUGUGUAACUGGAUGUGACCCAGGGUACAUUGGAAAUACUUGCACUGAAGCUUGCAGUAACAACACGUAUGGACUCCUUUGUUCGUUGACUUGUGGUAACUGCGUUGACAAACAACAAUGUCAUCACGUGACCGGAAAAUGCCCAGAAGGAUGCGCUGUAGGAUUUCAAGGAGAAAAGUGUGACAAAGUACAGUGUACAGUUCAGUGUCUCCAACCGUCAGCAGAGCCAGCUGACCAUCCCUCCACUACUUACAUUUUGUCUGCAUUGCUCGCCGUCUGUGCCAUCGUUAUCAUUUUUCUCACCUUAAGAUUAUGCAAACACGAACAAUGUUAUAAGUGCCAUCAGCAUAAGCAACCGAAAGACGAUAAACCUGUAGACACAGCACCAUCUGCAACUGGUCACGACGUCAACGUUGAUGACGGUACGGCAUACCAGGAGCUCACCGAAGUCACCAAUCAACCACAGAGAAGUGAUCUUGGUCACACCGCCGUCAACCCUGAUUGUUACGUCAACGUUGAGGGAGAUACCUCAGCGUAUCAGGUGCUAGGAGAAGUCACCCAGCCGUCUCUCUAUGAUACGCCUUUCCAGAAAUAAGCAAUUUGUACGUUAAUGCAGAUGGGUGCAAGAUUUACAAAAAACUCCUUACAAUAUUGCUAAUUUUUUAAUCGCAAUAAUGCAGAUAUAAACCAAUUGUUCAUUUUGUUGUAUACACAACACGCUGCAUAACAAAGCAAAGGUUUUGGAAUCCGAGAAAUGUAUAAACAUUUUUAUAUCAAUUUUUUCUCUGCUUAUUUUUAGUUAUUGUAAAUGAAUGGAAAUUGUGGGGAUUUUUCACCCAGUAACUGUUGUCCUUGUUUUGUCUUAGUAACACGUAUUUUAUGAAGUUUUUUUUUUUUAAGUUCGGGGCGAAUUGAAGGUAGGUUGUCAUAAACACCGGUAUUACAAUCUUAAGGUAAAGCUACAUAUAGUUGAGGUUUAUACCUGAGUCAUCAGCAGUUAUUAUUGCAUUGCUUGCACAUGUGCUUCUAAAUAUAUAUGUAAUUUAUAAAAAUCAGUAUUUGUUUUCGCAUUUCAACAUACUAUAAUAUGUGCUCACCCUGUUUUGAUUCUACUUGCGUUUUUUACAGCAGAAUCCACAUCAAUGUAUAUAACUUCUGA